AUGCUCUAUCUUGUGGGUCUCGGCCUGGCCGAUGAGAAGGACAUCACAGUCAAGGGCCUUGAAAUUGUUAAGAAGGCCGAACGCGUCUACCUUGAGGCAUACACGGCUAUCCUUCUUGUGGAGAAAGAACAAUUGGAAGCCUUCUAUGGCCGUCCCGUCAUAAUCGCCGACCGCGAAAUGGUCGAAUCCUCCAGCGACGAAAUCCUCGCCGGCGCAGACAAAACCGACGUCGCAUUCCUCGUUGUCGGCGAUCCAUUCGGCGCAACAACCCACACCGACCUCGUCCUCCGCGCGCGCUCCCUCUCCGUCCCUACGCGCUCCAUCCCCAACGCCUCCAUCCUCACCUCCAUCGGCACUACUGGGCUCCAACUCUACAACUUCGGCCAAACCGUCUCCAUGGUCUUCUUUCUCGAAACUUGGCGCCCGGCCUCCUUCUACGACCGCAUCGCCGAGAACGUCUCCAUAGGCCUACACACCCUCGUCCUCCUCGACAUUAAGGUCAAAGAGCAGUCGCUGGAGAACAUGGCGCGGGGCCGAUUGAUCUAUGAGCCCCCGCGGUUCAUGACGGUAGCGCAGUGCGCGGCGCAGAUGCUGGAGAUUGAGGAGGAGGUCAAGAAGGAGGGGGUGUAUACGCGGGAGUCGCUGGCGGUUGGUGUAGCCAGGGUGGGCGCGGUGGACGAGAAGAUUGUCGCUGGCACGCUUGGAGAGCUAUGUGAUGCUGAUUUGGGUCGGCCGUUGCAUAGUCUGGUGUUGCUAGGGAGGAGGACGCAUGAUCUGGAGAGGGAGUUUCUGGAGGAGUUUGCGGUGGAUAAAGAGAAGUUUGCGAGCGUGUGGAAGAGGGACUAUGAAGGUAAGCAGUAG